GUCACUCACUGCAGGGAGUGCAGCUUCCUCUUUGAAAAUGUUGCAAGUUUGCAAGAGAUCAAGAUCCUGGGAUUCUUAGAUCGGCUAGUGCCAGGAGCUGUGCUGUGCUGAUCUGUGGGCAUAGACUGGGCACAGCACUGGAGACAUGGGAUCCCUGCAGCCCUUCUGUGCUUUGUAAAGUUCCCAGCUCUGCCAGGAAAAAAAAAAGGGGGGCUCUUCUGCAUGUGACAUGCUGUGGAUUUAGGGGAGCUGGCACAAGCUUGGCACCUGCUGGCACUCUGCGGAUAUUAUGCACACAUCAGGAUGCUAUGGGAUCUGCUGAUGACUUGAGCAAAAGCCAUAUAGAUUGGUAAAGAAAGGAGGUGGUCCUGCCUUGCAUUGGGUGCCCAUGCCAGAGUAGAUCAUGGGCACUGGAGUGUGCAGCAGGAGGCAGAAGAGUCUCCUCCACACAGGCUUCUGUCUGCUGGCACUGAUGGGGCUGGGCACUGGGUUCUACUUCUACAACUACAUGCAGAAUAAAGCCAGGACAUCAGAAGCUCAGGCUGGCAAAUACAAGCAGCAGCACGAAACCCUGUCUGCCCAGCUGCAAGUGGUAUACGAGCACCGGUCAAGGCUUGAACGUUCCCUACAGAAGGAGAAGAGUGAGCACAAGAAGACAAAGGAAGAUUAUUUAGUCUACAAACUGGAGGCCCAGGAGGCCCUGAACAAAGAGAAGCAAGAUUCUAUGAAUCGCUAUGGGGCUCUUAGCUCACAACACAAGAUUCUCAAGAAUCAGAAUGAAGAAAUAAAGAAGCAGCUGUCGGACUUACAGGUGGAGCACAGCAACUUAAAACUAGAACAUCGCAAAACCGUAGAACUAAAUACUCAACAACUGAGCCAACUUCAGAGGGAGAAGGAGAAUGAGAUUGCGGGUUUGCAAGAUACCAUAUUAAAACUUCGGGAGGAGAGUAAGUUACUUAGAAGGGCGCACCAGGAUGUCCACACUCAGCUCCUCAGUGCACAGGCCCAGAUGGAAGAAUUCCGCCAGCUGAAGGAUGCAUUGAAGAAAAUGCCAAGCUUUAAAGACUCUAUCAGUGACACACAACACCAGAAAUCCCUGGCAGCUACCAAAAAGGAUUUCAAAGAACAUCUCUCACAGGUGCCUCAAAACUCGCAGGCAAAUAAUAAGAAUGUAGAUAUCCCGGGAGGGCAAGGAAAGAGGAUGCCACUACCUAAAGGACAAGAAAACCCUUUACGUCAAAGUCCCCCGGUAUAUCAAACUCACCUAAGGCCGGUAGCGCGGAAUGACAGCCAUGUUUCCAGAUUUACCAGGACGGUUAACAGUUUCCAGACCCACAGAGAGAACGAGGACCAAAGUGUGAAACCACCUGAUAAAAAGCUGCAGAAUGAAGUUGGUCAUGACCCUCCGGGAGUUGUGGAUAUAAAAACACCCACGGUGAAUGCUCGAGUUACCAAUGAACAAGUGCCAAUUCACAGUUGGCAAGACAUAGUUAAUAAAGUGAACGCCCGGAUGACACAAAUAGAGAACAAAAAAAGUGUCAGUAAUGCUCUCACAAAAUCAAACACCCAUCAUGUCAGUGUUUCAACUCCAAGCUGGGACCAUGGGCUACCACAUCAGGGCCACCACAAAAUGGCAGCAGAUGAUGAGCCAAAGAUGGAUGCUGGGAUGAUUGACAGAGAGGAGACCCUGCAGUCUAAGAAGCAGCACGUAGGGCAGGAUACGCUGAUUUCAGAGGAUGCCGCUGAUCCAGCCAAAGAUCCCAACAAUCAAGGUGAGGACGAAUUCGAAGAAGCUGAAAUUGACAGACCCGAAUUUGAAGAGAAAGGGGAAGUGGGGAAAAAUGCAGUUUAUCAGAAGGGAGAACCAAAAAUGAUGUUCUUACAGGCAGCUGAUGCCAAAAUGAGGUCUAGAGAAGAACCAGAAGAAGCUUACCAGGACGACCAAGAACAGGACAUAAUCAGAGACUUAAAGUCAUGGAGUGAUGUCAGACCCUGGUUGGCUUAAUAUGGAGAUUUCUGUAAGUCUGAGGAAGAACGUGGUGGUGAACCAGACAAUGUAGAUGACCUGGAACAUGAUGAAGGAGCAGAUAACAUAGAUGAAAAAAACAGAAGAGAUGGAUAUUACUGACUAUAAUAAGAGCCUUAUAUGAGGAGAGAAACAAGGACCAGAC